AUACGAAAAGAAGAAGAAGUCAAACAAUGCUCUGGAUUUUUGAUAACAAACGCGAAACUUUGUAAAAUCCUGCAGAAUUUCCGGCUAUUGAGCGAUGGAAACGCUACCUGAGGAGCCGGAGGUGCCGCCGCGACCGUUUAAAUUGGCGCAUCAGGUUGUGAGCCUCACGGGCAUCAGUUUCGAGAGGAAGAGCAUUAUCGGCGUAGUAGAGCUAACUAUCGUGCCGAACAGCGAGAACCUGCGGCUCAUCCGGCUGAAUGCCAAGCAGAUGCGGAUCUACAGUGUCCUUCUGAAUGACGUCUGCCAGGCAUCAUUCGUGUACUUCGAUCCCUUCCAGGACAUAACCCACAAGGAGCCAAAGAGCCGCUCCCUGGAUGUUUACUCCAAAUAUCACCUGAAGGCCGCCCAGGUGACCGAUCCGGAUGCGAACAAUGGCGAGCUGUUCAUCACCGUGCCGCCGGAGGGGUAUUCAAUGAUCCAGGAAGGCCAGGGUCUGCGCAUUCGCAUCGAGUUUUCGCUGGAGGAUCCCAAGAGCGGCGUGCAUUUCGUCAUUCCGCCUGCUUCUACGGAUGAGGACACACAGAUGAACUGCUCGCACAUGUUUACCAAUUGCUACGAGAACUCCACACGCUUGUGGUUCCCCUGCGUGGACAGCUUCGCAGAUCCCUGCACCUGGCGGCUGGAGUUCACGGUGGAUAAGAACCUGACUGCAGUCUCCUGCGGCGAACUGGUGGAAGUUAUCAUGACGCCCGACCUGCGAAGGAAGACCUUUCACUACACGGUGAGCACGCCCGUGUGCGCACCCAACAUCGCGCUUGCAGUGGGUCAAUUCGAGAUCUACGUGGAUCCGCACAUGCACGAGGUGACCCACUUCUGCCUGCCGGGGAUGCUGCCACUGUUGAAGAACACCGUUCGCUAUCUGCAUGAAGCCUUCGAGUUCUUCGAGGAGACCCUCUCCACGCGCUACCCCUUCUCCUGCUACAAACAGGUGUUUGUAGAUGAGCUGGACACGGACAUCAGUGCCUACGCGACGAUGAGCAUCGUUUCGGUGAACCUGCUGCACUCUAUCGCCAUCAUCGAUCAGACGUAUGUGUCGCGCACCUUUAUGUCGCGGGCGGUGGCCGAGCAGUUCUUUGGCUGCUUCAUCACGUCGCACCACUGGUCGGACACCUGGCUGGCCAAGGGCAUCGCGGAGUAUCUGUGCGGUCUGUAUUCGAGAAAGUGCUUUGGCAACAACGAGUACCGUGAGUGGGUUCAAUCGGAACUGGCCCGGGUGGUGCGCUACGAGGAGCAGUACGGUGGCAUCAUCCUCGACUGCAGCCAGCCUCCGGCUCCGCUGCCUGUCUCCAGUACCAACCCAGCAGCGGCUGCCAGCAAGCAGCAGGAGAUUGUCCACUAUUUCCCCAUCAAGAGCUUGCACACGGUGUCGCCCAAGUACGUGGAAGCUAUGCGGCGGAAGGCGCAUUUUGUAAUUCGCAUGUUGGAGCACCGCAUCGGCCAAGAGCUGCUCAUCCAGGUGUUCAACAAACAGCUGGCCCUGGCCACCAAUGCGGCGGCUACCAAGAUAGGCGCUGGACUGUGGUCGCAGUUGCUCAUCUCGACGAAUAUCUUCAUCAAGGCAAUAUUCACAGUCACCGGCAAGGAUAUGUCGGUGUUCAUGGAUCAGUGGGUGCGAACGGGUGGUCACGCCAAGUUCUCCCUCACCUCGGUGUUCAACCGCAAGAGGAACACCAUAGAGCUGGAGAUCCGCCAGGACUUUGUCAAUCAGCGGGGCGUGAGGAAAUACAAUGGUCCGUUGCUGGUGCAGCUGCAGGAGUUGGAUGGCACCUUUAAGCACACUUUGCAGAUUGAGAAUACGCUGGUGAAGGCGGACAUCACCUGCCACUCGAAGAGCAGGCGUAACAAGAAGAAAAAGAUCCCCCUAUGCACGGGUGAAGAGGUGGACAUGGAUCUGUCAGCCAUGGACGACUCACCUGUGCUCUGGAUACGCCUCGAUCCGGAGAUGAUUCUGCUGCGUGACCUGAUCAUUGAGCAACCGGAUUUCCAGUGGCAGUACCAGCUUCGUCAUGAGCGCGAUGUCACUGCCCAGUUCCAGGCCAUUCAGGCUCUGCAAAAGUACCCGACGAAUGCCACCAGGCAUGCCUUAACCGACACUAUCGAGAGCGAGCGCUGCUUUUACAAGGUGCGCUGUGAGGCGGCCCACAGCCUCACCAAGGUGGCCAACCAGAUGGUGGCCUCCUGGAGCGGUCCACCAGCCAUGCUGAAUAUAUUUAGAAAGUUUUUCGGCUCCUUUAGUGCGCCGCACAUCAUCAAGCUGAACAAUUUCUCCAACUUUCAGUUGUAUUUCCUGCAAAAGGCAAUACCCGUGGCCAUGGCAGGUCUGCGAACGUCGCACGGCAUUUGUCCGCCGGAAGUGAUGCGCUUCCUCUUCGAUCUCUUCAAGUAUAACGAGAACUCGCGCAACCAUUACACGGAUGCCUACUACCGAGCUGCUUUGGUGGAAGCCCUGGGCGAGACUUUGACGCCAGUAGUGUCAGUGGCGAUGCAUGGCACUCAAAUCACCACAGACAGUCUUUCCACGGAUGCCAAACUGGUCCUGGAUGAAGUGACUCGUUUGCUGAACAUGGAGAAGCACCUGCCCUCGUACAAGUACAUGGUUUCCGUGUCCUGCCUGAAGGUUAUCCGUAAGCUGCAAAAGUUCGGUCACCUGCCCUCGCUGCCGCACAUUUACCGCAGCUAUUCGCAAUAUGGAAUUUUUCUGGAUCUCCGCAUUGCAGCUAUGGAAUGUCUUGUCGACUUUGUGAAGGUGGAUGGGCGCAGCGAGGACCUGGAGCACUUGGUAACGCUGCUGGAGACAGAUCCCGAUCCUGCUGCACGCCAUGCCUUGGCCCAGCUGCUAAUCGACAACCCGCCGUUUACCCGCGAGUCUCGAAGCCGUUUGGACAAGGCGAACCUCGUGGAUCGCCUGUGGCGGAGCAUCAACACUCUAGGCAACGACACCAAGUUGCGCUGCGACAUUGUGGAUCUGUACUAUGCCUUGUACGGCAACAAGCGUCCGAAUUGCUUGCAGGCCAGCGAGAAUACGAACUUUUACAAGGAUCUGAUGAAGGAUAAUAGCAGCAGUGCUGGUUCAGGCAGCUUCAAGAAAAGCCACGACGUGAAGCCAGCGCUAGCCGAUAGCCUGGACAGUGAGCCCCACGAGCGGCAUAAGCCCGGCAUGGUCACCAUCAAGCGCACGGCCACGGAGGCCUUUGAGGUGGGUGAUGAGAUCAUCAAGCUGGAGCGCAGUGAGGAGAUCACCGUCAUGGAUGAUCCCGUUAACGUCGAGGCCUACGAUAGCGAGACCAAAGUGAAGAUCCAUCCGGCAGAUGAAGAAGCUCCCGAGUCGCAUCAGCACACGAAGCGGAUGAAGACCGAGAUCUAUGCCGAAGACGAUAACUCAUCCAUGAUGCUCGACGUGGCUGACUCCACGCGAUACGAAAGCAGCUACGACGAGAGCAAGUUCAAGUCCGGCGACGGGCUUCAGAAGAAGAAGAAAAAGAAGGACAAGAAGAAGCACAAACACAAACACAAGCAUAAGCACAACAAGGAUAAGGACAAGGAGCGCGAACGCAAGGAUAAGGAGAAGCGCGAUCCGCAGAUCUCGCGAAUACAGGCACGCGAGGCGCCCACUCCGGACACGCUCAGCUCGGCGGACAGCAGCAAUAGCCACAGCAAUUCGCCCUUCGGCCUGAACUAAGUGAGGGUUCCGAUUGAGAAAGGACGAAUGACAAGGGGGAAAGGGUGGCAUAAAAUAAAGCUGAACUAAGUUUUAAA